UGUCUGUUCAUUCGGCAGUACAAUUAACUGCUUCGAACGGUCCUGAAUGCGGAACUGAAAAGAAAAAUGCAGAAGUAUGAGAAUCUCCUCUCUGGAAGGCGACAUUACAGCGGCAGACCCCGAUAAAAGGAAGCCGUCGAUGUUUUAGAGCUUUGAGAGACGCUCACUGUGCACACUGGACACAGUCCGGGUGUCACUGUUAUACAAUGGCAGUGCAUGGCCACUGUAUGCCGGCAUUAUUGUUAAUUCUGAUUCACAUUAUGCCAGUUGCUGAGAGCUCUGAGAUGAUCACUGGAUUUGUUGGGUAUAACGUGACCCUGCCGUGCUCCUACGAUGCGUAUUACAGGGGGAUUUAUGUGUGCUGGGGGAGAAGUGAAAUACCCCUUACUGGCGGCUGUAACAAUGAAAUCAUCGCGACAGAUGGAUUUAAAGUGACACGGAGAACAUCACACAGGUAUCAGUUAAUCGGUGACCUGAAUCAGGGUGACGUAUCUCUGACCAUCAUCGAUGCUGAGAUGGGAGAUUCUGGGAUAUACGGCUGUCGUGUGGAAAUACCAGGACUAUUUAAUGAUCUGAAAAACAAAGUUACCUUGACUAUACAGAAUAUUCAUAACACGACUGCGUCACCAUCCAGUACAGCCAGCCCUGAGACACAGACUGCGAUCAGUGUUACGCAGGGUUACUAUGGUAAUUAUUCUACAGGAAGUUCGACUGCAAACACACCACAAGGCAGCGGUCAUGUGAGUGGGACUGUGUUUGUGCUCAGAAGUACUGCAGCUCUGUAACACAAACCAGAUAUUAAUGA